CAAGUUUAGGGCGGCAAAUUGGUAACAACAGACAUUUCAAUUCCAAGUGAUGGAAAGCAGGCUCAAGCGAAGAAGUGGGACAUAUUUUGAGGGAUGUGGAUAUGGAGUCGGAGAUGAGGAGCAUGCAACUGCAAUUGCUGCUACAGCAUUUGCCAUUUAUUCACUGCAUCUCAGCAACUUGAGAGAGCUUCCCAUUUCUUCAUCCAAAACUAUCACCACCAGACAAGAUUCAACCCCAAAUUUAACUCGCGCAAGAGAACAUGCUUUCCCCGUGAGACCCUCUCCUCAGAAUCAGAGGACUCCAAUUCCAGCACGCCCCAAUGAUUUCAAAACAAGAGCUGAUGUUUGGGAAAAGGCCAACAUGCAAAAGAUUCACGGACGGUAUGAGAAGAUAAAGUCCAAAAUUCUUUCCUGGGAGACUGAGCAGAAGAUGCAGGCGAAACUUCAGUUGGAGAGGAAGAAUUUGAUGGAGCACACAAGGGCAAUAGAACAACAACGGUACCAGAACAAGAUAGCAAGGAUUGAUAUGAUAGCACGAACAGCUAGAGCGCAGUUAGAAGACAAGAGAAGGAAAGAAGAGUCUCAGGUCAGAGAAACAGCAAAACAAAUCAGGGAAACAGGCAGGGUCCCCAUCAAAUGUUUUUGCUGCUUCAUCUUUUAAUCAGAAUAAAAAUAUUUAGUCUUUGGAUAUGUAUAUGCUGCUUUCACCUUGCUUACUAUUCUGGAUACAGAAAUUUAAUAGAUAGGGAGAACGACAGAGAAGUUCCAAAAGAACUAAUUAACUCAAAUUAGGUUCUAAGUGUCAAAAUUUAAAAAUUUGCAACUCAAUCUCUCAAUUUUGUAAUUCCAUUAUGAUAAAUUUAUAACUUGUAUUUUAAAGUUUAACAGGAAAAAUAAAUUUUUUUUAUCUUUCAACCAUGUUAAAAUUUAAAAAAUAAGUUAAAAAAUUCAUCACAAUCCAAUUAUAAAUUUGAAAGAUUGAGUUGCAAAUUUCUAAAAUUUGACAUUUAAAACCUAAUUUAAAUUAAUUGAUCCUUUUGAGACCUCUUUGUCACUCUCCCUAAUAGAUAUGUGCUCAACAAAGAUUGAAUAUGUAAUGACAUCAUA